CGCGCGAGCCGGGGUGGAGCCAGCAGCCGGGCGCGGCGUCAGCGUUUAGGAUGCAAAUCGAUUCCUGGCUCCGCCGGCGCCCCCUCCCGCCCGGGGGAGCAAGGCUCCGCCGCUCCACCGCCGCCCACGCCUCCUGCGCGCCGCGGCGCCGGAGCGGGCGGCUCUACUUAAGCCGCGCGCCGGCCGAGACCCGGCACUCGCCUGGAGCGCGCGGGUGAGGCGGGCCGAGCGCACCGCGGUCCUCGGGGGCGCACAGCAGCGCGCUUGCACCGCUGGGCUCUGCGCGGCUCCCGGCGGCUGCGGCGGCGGUGGCGGCCGGAGCGCAGGGCUGAGCCAGAGUCCGGCAAAGGCGGCGGCGGCUUCGGUGCGCGGCCCCGCUCCCUGCCAUCACCCCGGACCGGCCCCCUCUUUGCCAUGGCUCUAGCGGACAGCACACGUGGAUUACCCAACGGGGGCGGCGGCGGGGGCGGCAGCGGCUCCUCGUCCUCCUCGGCGGAGCCGCCGCUCUUCCCCGAUAUCGUGGAGCUGAACGUGGGGGGCCAGGUGUAUGUGACCCGGCGCUGCACCGUGGUGUCGGUGCCCGACUCGCUGCUCUGGCGCAUGUUCACGCAGCAGCAGCCGCAGGAGCUGGCCCGGGACAGCAAAGGCCGCUUCUUUCUUGACCGAGACGGCUUCCUCUUCCGCUACAUCCUGGAUUACCUGCGGGACUUGCAGCUCGUGCUGCCCGACUAUUUCCCCGAGCGCAGCCGGCUGCAGCGCGAGGCCGAGUACUUCGAGCUGCCCGAGCUCGUGCGCCGCCUCGGGGCGCCCCAGCAGCCCGGCCCCGGGCCGCCGCCUCCGCACUCGCGGCGCGGAGUGCAGAAGGAGGGCUCGCUGGGCGACGAGCUGCUGCCGCUCGGCUACGCGGAGCCCGAGCAGCAGGAGGGCUCGUCUGCCGGGGCGCCGUCGCCCACGCUGGAGCUGGCUAGCCGCAGCCCGUCCGGGGGUGCGGCCGGCCCGCUGCUCACGCCGUCCCAGUCGCUGGACGGCAGCCGGCGCUCGGGCUACAUCACCAUCGGCUACCGCGGCUCCUACACCAUCGGGCGGGACGCGCAGGCAGACGCCAAGUUCCGGCGAGUGGCACGCAUCACGGUGUGCGGCAAGACGUCGCUGGCCAAGGAGGUGUUCGGCGACACCCUGAAUGAGAGCCGGGACCCGGACCGGCCUCCCGAGCGCUACACUUCGCGCUAUUACCUCAAGUUCAACUUCCUGGAGCAGGCCUUCGACAAGCUGUCCGAGUCGGGCUUCCACAUGGUGGCGUGCAGUUCCACGGGCACCUGCGCCUUCGCCAGCAGCACCGACCAGAGCGAGGACAAGAUCUGGACCAGCUACACGGAGUACGUCUUCUGCCGGGAGUGAGCUCCCCAGACCCCCUCGCGACUCCAGCGCUCCCAUCCCCCACCUUCCUGCUCCUACCCCACGCCUUUCCAUGCCCCUGUCUCCCACCUUUAGUAGCUGGGCCAGGCCCACUUACGCCCCACUUGAGAACCUGCAGCCGCAGAUCCUCUCGGCUUCUUCGUCUUCUUUGGACCCCGCUAACCGAGAGAGCCCCGAUGUACCCCCUCCAGUGCUUCCUCUGCCCCACUGACUCAAACCACCCCUCCCCUGGAUUGUCCUUCAGUCUGGAUCUAAUGAGGCAGUGUGGCCACAAAGUCACCAAGUAUCUGGGAAUGGCAGAAUUGUUCAGAACCUGAUGGGACUCUGUCCAGUGUGUAGAAGAUUCCCUGAAAUCCCAAGCUCUUUUGACUCUUUUCGGGGCUCGAGUGAUCAGAAUUGGUAACACUGGGACUAGUUAGUGUUUUCAAAGGUCAUUACGUAGCCUUUGUGACCCUCUUUAAAGGUAGAGUUUGAGAGAGCUGGAUGGAAGACUCUGGACCUGGAAUUAGGAUCCCGUGGAGACAGAGACUACGGAAUGAAUAAAGUUUUGACACGUGAAUAGGUAGAAGUAGGAAAAGAAUCUAGUGCUGGCACAAUGAAGGAUCGUAUCUUUUCCGUGCACAAUGAAAAGUCUUCGCCUGUGGCUUAAACUUGUAGAAAGUUACCCUCCUGCGUGGGGAGGCAUCCUUUCUCCUUGGCUCCAGCGCCCGCUUCCCUUAGUUCGACAGGUCGACAUGGCUGCCUUUACCGGCGAGAGGGAGCAAGAGUGCUGACGCCGGCAAGGGCGAGACAGCCCAGGUCACCCGGCACUGCGGGAAGCCACCUGGCUGUGACCGUACCCGGAGCUGGGUAGCCAUAAUGCACGUCGUGGGUAUUAGGAAAGCCCGUAUUGUUGCAGUGAAUGGCAGUAGGACCUUAGCUUGUAAGACUUGGGGGGUGGGAUGGGGAGGGAGGAAGGAGGGGUGAAGGGGUGGGAAGGGGGGAGCAGACACAUUCCUUUAUUAUUUGAAAGUUGGAAGUUUGUGCCAUCCGUUUGAGUACACGCACAUUUAAAAAAAAAUAGUACACACAAACAUGCAAAGCAUUUUGUAAAGAUUAGUAACAGAUCUACUCUUAUCUGGCAGUUUAUUGAACUAACUGUUUUGAGUCCUAAACUUAGAAGUUGCUGAUACUUACAUAACCUAACCAAAGAGUUACCCAGUAGUUUUUGAACUUUAGUUUAGGUUUUUCUGAACUUUAUUUUCUUGUUGAUUAUACAUCCUGAUUUUAAGAUCUAUUAACGAGCAAAAUCUGUUUGGUCUUGGUUACUUAAACUUAAGAUCUCUUCUUAAAAAUCCUUAUUUUCUUCAAGCCCAGCCAAUGUUGACUUCUGGGCAAACCCCGAAAACCUGAAAAUGCCACUUCUUCCUGCAGAUGGUUUGAAAUUAAGGUGGAAUCUCUUCGGGUGACAGAGCUGCAGAGAGACAGAAGCACCCAGGGCUGCCCAUCUGUACAUAGCUAUACAAUGAAACGUUUGUAAACAAAGGCAAGAAAGUGCUUACAAGUGGGUUCAGCAAUAAAAUCGUGUUUUUAGGUAAAUGCAAGAGAAACAGAAGGAGACCUGGUUGCCUUAUACCUUUACUCUAACAUGGAAUAAAUCCCCACUGCAUAUUCUAUCUACACUUUAGGUGAAGGGAAGUGCAUCCUUGUCUUUUCAUGCUGUGAGGCUCCUUUGGAUAUUCUGUGAUGACAGAGAAGCCUUUCCUUUUUCAUGAGUUACAGCAGUUCCUCUGAAGUAUGUUUUUAAAGAUUUUGUAAGAGUCGUUUUCAGUGUUCAAAUUAGUGCUAUUUUUUCUUCUUUUUAAAAAUGAAUCUUGUACUGUAUCUUACUAUGUCCGUAACAGAUACUAAGAAUUGGAACAGUUUUAUUCUUACAACUCAUGUGAUCCAACCUGUAUAUACCAUAUAUAAACAUUUUACACGAAUCAUUUAGUUUUUUAAUUCAUUUACUAAUGCUAAAUAAUUUCCUAUAUUUACUCCCAGUAACGUGCAUCAGAUGGUGUAUAUACUAAAGCAACAUGUUUUCAUGAGUUUCUUAGAUCCUUGUCUCUGGGGACACUGGGUUAGGAAAAAAGAUGUGAUUAUAAAACUGAGUUUGCUCCAUACUUUUUUCCUUGGCUAUUAAUUAUGUACUAAUAAUAUGUCAGUUAACUGUCCACUUAAAAAGAAGGUACUUUUAUUUUUAACCCACUAAUUCUUUUUUUUUUUUUUUAAUUGGUAAACAGAUUUGAGGUCUUUUCAUUGGACUUACAUUUUUAGAAAGGUAAAGUUAGGUUGGUAUAUAAAGACUAUAAUUGUAAGGGAAAUGGAAGUAGAAAUCCAGGAAGUUGUGUUUGCGUAUAAGUUGGGUGUGUUCUCAGAGUAGGUAGUGCAACAGAGCUUAUCUCUGUUUCAAGCCUGAAAUGAUUUAGCAAAGUCACUUUCUGGACAAAAGAGCAUCACAGAUUUCUCUACCCUAUGUGGUGUUCUGUUAGAUUGUUUGGCAAACAACAAAUAUGUGAGAACAUCUUAGGACAGUUCAAAGCCACUGAGAGGUGGCAAGACUCGGAUUCUGAUUUUCUCUGUUAAAUCUGCACAAUUCCAGGAGUCGUGGGACAGUGCUAAAGUUUUGUUUGUGCCACUCAAGUCUUAAUGAAUUUUCUGUCGUAAAACUUUGAGUUGAACUAUUCUGCGUCUUUGGGCACAUGGAUUUUACUUUCCCUCACAUUCUGGCUGCCCAGCAAUGUUCCCCUCCCUUUGCAUUAUGUCAAAGACUGGGAAUUUAAAUGAUCAGAGAUCAUAUACUGACUUCUUUUCCUAGGAAUGACUGUUUCCUCUAAGGUUGGCAGUCGAAAAAUGCAAAUAUUCUACUUUCAGCCCUACGUGAAGGCUGGGUGGGAAACUCAUUCUGUGCUGGGUGGCUUAGAUUACUGUGGCUAGGUGACUUAGCAUGGGUGCUUUUGGGUCCCUUCUCUUUCCUGUACUGUGGGCCACAGAAGGACCCUUUGUGAUCUACAAAGUGGGCUGGAGUGUUAUUUGUCACCUCUGAUCUUGGAUGGGAUAUCAAGGGUCCGUACCAGUAAGCCCUCCAAAGACACCAUUCAGAUAACCCGGGAGAAUGUUAUAAAUUCUUCACGUAAUUAUGACUGCAUGAAACUGACCCAGUAUAGCGUGCAAUUACCUAUGUUAUGGCUUUAAUGACUGUUUGGUUCAUCAGUACAAGUGAGUGACAUGAGAUUUAACAAAUUUUAUUAAAAAAAAAAAAAAGAUCGUUGGCAGUGGUGGUUAGAGACACAGGUAACCUGGUCCAGUGCUUUUGCACCAGGAGUUGGAUAAGUUGCCUAUUUUUAAAGUACAUGUAGACCAUGAACUAUAUUCAGUCUAAUUUUUCAGAUUGUAUGUUGUGGAAAAUAUUCCUUAGAGGUGUGAGACUUGGAAAUUUUUGGAAAAUUUUUUUUUCCCUUUCUGUACUGUUUUUAUUCUUGUGCUGCUGCUGCUUUUUUUUUUUUUUUUUCCUUUCUUUCUUUCCUUUUUUUUUUUUUUUUGUGGUAGUGGUGGUGGCAUUAUUUUUUGUUUUUUUUUUGGCCUUUUUUUUUUUUUUUUUGGCAUUGAUAGCAAACUGAAAAUUUGUGAAACUAGCCAAAAUUGUCUUCAUUUCAAACCAGAUCCAUAUAUGGGGCCUGUUGCUUCUCUGAGGAAAUGCACAAUCUGAAUUCUCAGACAAAAAUGGGCAACUGGCAAUUCUCAAACAUAUCCCAAUUUUUAUUGGAAUUUUCCAUGGAAUGUCAUUACAUUGAAGCCAUGUAAGGUGAAGCUUUGGGAAUUUUUUACUUUUUAAAUUAUGGUAAAUUCUAAUAUUCAAAACAUUUUGUACUCCACAUGAAAAAUGCUAAAUUUUAGUGCACGUAUUUAGAAAAGUAUUGACUGGAGUGGUUGAAUUCUGUAAGAAUUUCUUUUAUAGUCUCAAUCAUAAGUACUUUAUUCAAUUGACUUACAUUUCUAAAAUAGUAGACUGAAUAUUUUUUAUUGUAAACUUAGCAGAGUAAAUCCUUCAGAAUUUCUUUUGUUUUUUCCUUAUGAUAACUCAUUUAAAAAACUGAAUUAGUUUUCUUAGAUGACCUGUCUGUCUCUUGAGAAUAAAUAAAAUACUCUUGGGUUUUCAGUGGCUAUAGUACCUGGCACAGGGUUUCCUAGAGCCAGAAACAAGUUAUGUUGAAGUUAAUUUUUCUUUGUCACAAUUUUGGACAAUAAAAUCUUAAAGAUCUUUGAAUUUGAAGAUUUAGAUUCUCUACUGGGGCCUUUGAAACUUAGAUGGAAGAAAUCCAAGCAGACUAAUUUAUAUUAGAGUUUAAUCUUGUGUGGUAGGAAGAUGAAUAGUUGACCAAGAAUUCUUGUCAUCUUAUACAUCUUGUGGGUCCCCCCCCCCGCCAAGUUUUUUUGUAUUUUAAAUGUAUUUUGAGGUAUGUGAACAUUAAUUGUAAUGUAAAGUAUUUUACAGCUGUGUUUGUGACUUUAUAGGCAGGUGAAUUUUGCCAUUACUAUUGAUCACAAAUGAUGAUAAUUUGUGACCACUUACACAUCAUUAGUGACAUUUAAUGACAGAAGUUUAAGAUGUCCACUGUGGAUGUUAAUUUUGAAGACCUAAAUUAUAUGUUAUUUAAAUUUUUCCCUACAUCUGAAAACUCUUAACUGCCAAACAAUGUAAGAUUCCCACAGAGCUCUCUGGAUUAUGCAAUUGUUGAAAACAUUACAUGCUAAGUGAUACGUAUCACUUAGCCAUUUUCUCAAAAUAGAAGGGGAAAAGAAAAAAAAAAUAACGAUUAUCAGACUUUCCUCAUGAAACAGAAAGCCAAGAAAAAAAAAAAUCCCUCUGUAUUUUAAAAAAGACAAUUGAGACGUGCCCAAACUUUAAGUGAGGAUUUCUUCAGCCGUCUAAAUGCUCUAGAGAUUUUUGUUUUCCCUGUUCACAGCCAGUUGUAUAAGAGACCCACUUGAUACUGUUUUCCUCCCUGUGUGUGAAGUAAUGAAUCAUGGAUUAUGUGACUUGUUAUGUAUUCUAUUAAACACUAAAGAAUUAAACAUUCACUCCUUUAAUUAUU